CUACUAUAAAUAGUCCUCUUCAGGUAACACAAACUUCGUUAAUGCGAAGUUGCACGACGCAAAUCAACAAAAAAAUGGCGAUUUCAACUUCAACAUUUUUCAGAACCAUCCUUUCCCUGUCCCUCUUCCUCUUCGUCUUCUCACUUCCAUCUCCGUCGCUCGCCGCAGCCAAGUGCAAUGCAAAUGACAAAGCUGCCCUUUUACAGAUCAAAGCAGCCAUGAAUAACGCCUACUAUCUAGCCUCGUGGGAUCCAAACACCGAUUGUUGUUCGUGGUACGAUGUCACUUGCGACUCCUCCGGCCGUGUAACUAGACUCGAAAUUUUUGACGAUACAGAUGUUACCGGCUCAAUCUCUCCGGCUAUCGGCAACCUACCUUAUCUCAAUUUCAUAGACAUAAACGCCCUCCCAAAGCUGUCCGGAAGUAUCCCUUCUAGCAUCACCAAGCUCACCCGUCUCACCUUUCUCCGGCUCAAAGGAAACAAUCUCUCCGGCCCCAUUCCGACCGCCAUUGGCAACCUCAACAAGCUUACUUUCUUGGACGUAUCGUCUAAUUCCUUGAGCGGUUCGAUUCCGGCUUCGGCCACUAAGCUAACGAACCUCGAUGCGUUUCACUUCGAAAAUAAUAACCUUUGCGGAGCGAUCCCGCAAGGUGGAAAGCUUCAGAGCUUUGGUACGAGUCCUUAUGAUAAUAAUAAAUGCUUGUGCGGUGCUCCUCUAACUCCUUGCAAGUAAGAGGCUCUUACAUUAUAAUUAUUAUGCGAGGAAAUUGGGAAAAUUGUCGCAUAAGUUGCAAUAAAUCUCAAUAAACAGCCUCAUAGAUCAAAGGUUGUAGAGUUUUCAUACUCAUAAGUUGUACCCCAUGUCACUUUUUGUGCAAUAAGAUGAUUACACUUCUGCGUGUAAAUUUCCAAAAC